AUGGGUCGUGGCGUGCUUCUCACAUCUAAUCUUCCGCAACUGCAAAAUCUCAUCAAGCGCGACCCAUCCGCGUACAAGGAGGAGUUUUUGCAACAAUGGAACCAUUUUAACAGCAUACGCCAAAUCUUCCAGAUCAACCCCGAAGAGAACGCGCAGCAUUUCAGGGAGCUUGUCUCAUUCGUUGCUCAGGUAGCACAAUGCUAUCCUAAAGAGACAUCGGAUUUUCCGUCUCAGAUCUCGACAUUGCUUCUUGAGAACUACGGGACACUGUCACCUGAUACCCGGAAGUCGCUCGUACAAAACUUGGUCAUGCUCCGCAACAAGAAUGUCAUAACAUCUAUCACUCUACUCCAGACACUCUUCCCUCUCCUUCCUCGCACCACUUCAUCUUCCCUACGAUCAUUCAUUCGCCGCACCAUUCUCUCGGACAUUCGCACUUCCAAUCUCCGUGCCAAGAAUCACAAGCUGAACCGUGCUGUCCAAGCCAUGCUCUUCGGAAUGGUCGAGCGAGGGAUGGAUGCCGAAGUUGUUGGGGACAAGGGCAAGCUCAGGGCUGCUGCCCGGCCGUCUGCUGCAGGGAGCAACGGUGAGGAGGCCAUGUGGGCAGUCGUCCUUACCAAGGAGCUUUGGCGGAAAGGCAUCUGGAACGAUGCGAAGACGGUAUCCAUCAUCGCGCUGGGCUGCUUCCACCCGGUGGUAAAAGUACAAAGCGCAUCUUUACACUUCUUCCUCGGGAGCGAUGAGGAAAAGGAGGAUAGUGACGAAGAGGAGGAAGAUCUUCCUGAUGUCAAGUCCCUCCAACAUCGACGCGAAAUCAACAAGAAGACUCGUAGCGGGGCCAAGAAGCUCGAGAAACAGAUCAAGACCAUCAAAUCUAAACAAAAGAAGAAAACCGACUCUUCCAACCCGAACUUCCCCGCUAUCCAGCUCCUCAACGACCCCCAGACAUUCGGCGAGAAGCUGUACGACCUUCUGAACAAGUACGACAAACGCUUCUCGCUCGACCACAAGAUCCUCAUCAUGCAGCUCCUCUCGCGCGUCAUGGGCGGCCACAAGCUCUGCGUGCUCGGCUUCUACACGUACAUCAUGAAGUACCUCACCUACCACCAGCUCCGCAUCCCCGCCAUCCUCGUUGCGCUCGCCCAGUCCGUGCACGAAUACACGCCCCCGGACGCGCUCACGCCCGUCGUGCGCAAGCUCGCGCAGGAGUUCGUGCACCCAGGUGUCGGCAGCGAGGUCAUCGCCGCGGGCAUCAACUCGAUACGCGAGGUUUGCAGGCGCCAGCCGUGGGCGAUGGAGGAGGACCUGCUGGGCGACUUGAUCGAGUACAGGAAGAGCCGCGACAAGGCCGUCACAGCCGCCGCGCGCGGUCUGCUCCAGCUGUUCCGUGAAGUCAACCCUGGGAUGCUCAAGAGGAGGGAGCGGGGCAAGGACGCUAGCAUGGGCAUGGCGAAGGGCAGUCAGCCGUUGCCGUUUGGCCAUAGUGCGGAAGCGGCUGUUGACAUCGAGGGGCUCGUGCUCCUCGAGGAUCACUUGAAGAAACUGCGAGAAGAGGAUGGCGCUGCUAGCGGUGACGAAGAUGAGGACGACGAGGCAGCAUGGGAGGGCUGGGAUGUUGAGUCGGACUCGUCGGAAGAAUCCUCGGAUGGAUGGCUCGAUGUGGACUCAGACAGCGACGAGGAUAUUGAGGUCAGCGACAGUGAAGAUGAGGACGGCAAUAAGUCCAAGAAGAGCAGAGAGAAGGGUAAAGGGAAGGCAAAGGCCGGAGAUGAUGACGAGGACGCAGAAAUGGAUGACGAGGAUGAGGGGAAGGAGGACGCAGCAGAAGAUGCCGUUAAACGGAUAUCCACCCUUGCGACAACGAAGAUUCUCACCCCUGCCGACUUCGCGAUGCUCAACGACCUGCGCAUCAAAGCCGCAUCAGAAGCCGUCGAGCGAGGAGGAGGUGGCUCCGCGAAGCGCAAACUCGCCACGCUCGAGUCACAGAAGAAAUCCCUUCUGGCCUCUGACGGAAACCUCGCAGACGCCUUCAUCUCAGAGAACGACAUUCUUGGACCUCGCAAGAAAGCCAAGGCGGACUACGCCGAGCGCAUAGCCUCGAUCGAGAAGGGUCGCGAGGGCCGCGAAAAGUAUGGUUCGCUCAAGGGCAAGAAGAACAAAGAGAGGCCGAGCAGCUCGACGAACCGCGAAAAGGCGCGAAACAAGCCUAUCAUGAUGAUCCUCGCGAGCGGAGCUGUCAAAGGGAAGAAGAAGGCGUCAUUGCGGCAAAAGCAGCAGAAGCUGCGGGCGCAUAUCGAGCGGGCGAAGAAGGCUCACUGA